UUUCGAUACUAUGGUACAUUUGCUAAAAGGCAAUGUUGGUACAGGAAUUUUGGCGAUGCCGGAUGCUUUUAGAAACGCCGGAUGGCACUUCAGCCCGAAUAUGAAUUACAUAUUUUGCAAAAUGGAGAGUUGCUAAAUCGACAUUACAAUGACAUUUCUGUCAAACCUUAGUCAUGGAAAGACACAAGUGCGAGAAGUUCAUAAAAGGAAAGGAUUCAACCUUCGUGCUUAGAAAAGCACUGGUGCUUAUCGAACAUCCUAUUACAAAAUAUCACUGCGAAAGACAUAAGAAAAUACUUAAUGACUUUGUAAUUGUCUCCCAUGACGGUUUUUAUGCAAAAGAAUUAGUAGACGUAACGAAAUUGAUAGACAAACUCAAGGAAUCAGAAUUUUAUCAGAAACACCUGCGAGAUAUUUUGCAACUUUGUUCAAUUCCUCCUAAGUUAGCAAAGUCGUCUGACUUACUCUCGUAUAAUGCGGAUAUUAUUGAGUAUUUCUCGUGGCUCGGUUAUUUGCUAGUUUGGGCACUGGGUAAACCGAUACAAUUUAUGACCGCACAAUUGAUCCAUGAGUUGCUUGCAAAAGAUUUUCCAAACCAAAAAAAUUAUCUGCCGCUCACUGUCCGCCGGGAAAAAGCUCAGCAGAGUAAACUCCCUGAUGUACUGGGAGAAAUACUUCACAUCGUCGACGAAAAUAUUUAUCCCCUUAUUCUGGAUAUAAUUGGAUAUCUUUUACAUGGAUGCCCUGGAGUUUAUAACAGUUUUCUUCAGCAGAACGCCGUCAACAGCAUCGUUAUCAGAUUUGAACCGACGUGGCAAGAGAGAUUCCCCGAUAUUAAACCACCUUUCCCAAAUAUUCAACAAGAUAUAGCAAAUUUAGACACUGCUCUUAUGGUUCUUCACAUAUUACUGAAAUAUCCGACUCGAGAAAAUCCGAUCAUGCAGGCUCCCACAAGAUUUAUGUUAUGGAACCUCCAAUGGGCUUUUAGAUUAUGCACUAUCAAAGAGCGAAGAGCCUUAAAAAGGAAUAAUAUUCUCGCAAUCCUGAUAAAGCUCUUGAACAUUUUUCCAGACGCGCUUUCGGGAAAUACAACGUUUGCCUAUGAUAUUGCUAAAAUGGCCUUUGAAUCAAAUUUUUCCAAAAACAGUGCACAUUGGUCAAACAAAAUUCGAUUUUCGACAAGUUCUGAAGACCACAGGUGCCUUUCCUUACUUCUGGUGUGCAUUUCGUAUUUUUCCAAUUGCAUAACUGGCGCUAAGAUAAUAGAAGAAUGCAGAGUUAUGAUAGGAUUAAUGAAAUUGAUAAAUAAUGAACAGCAAAUUCCGUGGAACCCUUUACAACGAUGUUUCCUACUUGAUUUGGUGCUAAGUGUGCUGACUCACCUGAUACCGUGUGGAAUUGAUGACUUUCUGGAAGAUGGGGGGCCACACUGCUUAUUGCGAGUGGUACAUAAAAGUCGGGAAGUUGUGGGCUACGACAUAGUUUCAAACUGUUUAGAAGUAUUAGAUCGAUUUUCUCGCCACAAUUCCAGUGUUAAAAACUCAGUCAGAUAUAAUAAGGGACUGUUUAUAGUCACAGAAUUAGCCAAGAAUUUAAUUAAAACUGGACCUAUAAAUCAUAAAAAACAAAAUUGUUUAAAAUCAGUCUUCAAUUUCCUACAACAUUUUUGCGAAACAAAUUCCGAAGUGCUUGAUGUCAUUUCUUUGGCGAUGGCUUAUUUGAAACGAUACGUCAAUCCAACAAACGAAGACCCAAUACAAGAUCCAAAAUUGAUCAUUUUCGUUUUGAAUUUUGUCUGGAUGCAUUUUCCCACGUCGAAUGAAUUUUGCGAUGAGUUUAUCAAAAUGGACGGAGUAUACCUAUUGUUGGAUAUUACCCAAAUGUCUUGUUUUACUAUAAAGUUGGUGGCACUAGGAGCUUUAGUAGAUUUAUGUGAAGUGGCGCAAUGUAUUCCUUACUUGAUCACUUGGAGAGCUGCCGACACCGGACAGGGCAUCGUGUCCCUACUCAUGGCAAUAUUUCGUGCCGAAAACAAAGAAUUACUGGUUAAAACAGGUCCGAAUGGAGAAAUUUUGGAUACCAUGUUGCCUAUUAUGGGAAAGGUGCAAUUCUACGAAACGUUUUGCAUGUGCUCAAAGUCCAGCGGAUGCGCCUCGAUCGCCGACUUGUUUUUAAGUUGUAGACCGAAAGUUUACUGCCUUGUGCAAAUACUUAACAAUUUGCAACGCGAAACCGUCGAGAUUGCCAACGACUUUUAUCAACUAUACAACGAAAAGUUAUCCGUUGAAGACGAGAUUACGUUGUUACUUGCUGACAAUUUCCUUGCGCUCAAGCAAUCGGAGCAAUGGACGGAGCUCUUAAAGGAACUAGAAAAAUGUGGUAAUGUUCUCACACCUUCUGACAAAGUCACAUUGGAUACGAUGAUAGAAGUUACGCACAAAUGGAGUGCGUGUUUAAGGAAAACGCAGAUGAUGGUGUUAAAUGAAAGUCACUCAGAAGAAUGUGCAAAAGAAAGAAGCUUCUAUAGACUACUGCGAGAAGGUCGCUUAUCCGAAGCCUUGGGUGCUCUAUCGAGGAUCAAGUACAUAGCAAGAUGUUCGGAACGAUUGUUUCGUAUUUCUUCGAACUUAAACUUAAGGAAUCAAAUCGACAAAAGUUUAGAACACGAAACUGAACACAGAAAACUGCACAGAACGCUUAUGUCAAACUUAUCAGUAAACUGCCAGCAUUCCCAAUCGGUGAGUGUUCCUAGUGGAGUGUUCUCCUUCGUUGAAGUCAAAGAGGACCUCAGUCUGAUAUCUCCAAUUCCUUCCCUAUCGGAUUUUGUUCCAGUUGACGAAUGUUCCCCGAAUAACGAUUUAACAUCGAAAAUCAUAGAGUGCAAUGAGACAGAAAUCCAAUAAACUUUAUUUUCUUUUUUGAAAUAUAAAAACUGAAUAUCAUUGUGUUUAUUUAUAAUAUAAUUAAUGGACCAAGAAAUACUACCAAAAUGUAGGAUAAGAUAAAUAUAAUGAAAUUCGGAAUUAUGGCUUUUGUUGAAUUUAUUAACUUAUUUUAAUUUUUCCCUCAGCUUAACAUCGAUUUCCAAAAAGUUUUAGUUCAUUAGACGAUACAUUAAAAUUAUAAUCAGCCACAUGAAUUGAUGUUGGCUGUUCGAAUUGCUCUGACCCAUAAUAAAUAAAUACACAAAUUGGAG